UUUAUUUUUGUUUUUCCUCUUUUCGCAGGGCUGCUGUCGUCACGUCCAUUUUGCUUUCUCUCGCAACGAGUCAGAAAAAUCGCUUGAAUGCGCAUUUGUUUUGACCGGCUGUGCUUCGCUACCAAGAGGCCAGCCAAUACAGAGCACAGUGAUAGUGAAUCGCCGCAUUCCCUACCGCCCGAUCGGUUACAGAACAAUAAUGAGCAAAGCAACAAGCUGAAUGUCAUAACGACCAAACCGCCAGCGAGUAAUAUACACAGCUUACAACCCGCCCAACUCACAAUUGCACCUUGGCUAGUUAGCAACUACAGCAGCAAUAGCACAAGUAACGGUAAUAGUCAUACAAAGAAGAAUACCACUGCACCCUUUGGGCCACGCACAACACUCAACGGUCUAGAUCCGCCGAGCCGUGCCGUCCCGAUAUCAUCGACAAAUCUUAACGGCACACAAACUGCAACUGCUACACCAACACCGCCACCCCCACCUCCCACCAACGGCAACAACGCCCUAUACGCAAAUUUAGCCGAUUUAGCGAGUAGUACGUCAACAGCAAUUACAGAUUCUUUGGCGGCAUCCAGCGCAACGCGCCAAACGUCAACAGUCAUUAUUGGGAAAAAAUCAACAACCACAAAUAGCUGCGGUGCGCGCGAAGACGAGGAAUAUAGUCAAUUUAAUAAUAGCACAGACAGUGGCAUUGGCAGCAGUUUAAGAGGCAGCAGCAGCCGCCACAACAGACAGCGCCUAGCGAAAACAAACAACGACGCGAGCGCACCCAGCGAAAACGAGGUGCGAGAAAGAAGCUUCUCCGACGCGCAUUUCGACCCGAAAGCCUCCACAGCCACCUCCACAAUCAGCGCCGCCACCAACGUAUCCACCGUGAGUAGCGUUGCGUUUCUGCGUCACGGUGCGGACAACGUCACGGCCAACGGCAUUAUCGCUAGCAAAGAUACGAGUACAGCAUACAAAGACACCGCAACGUGCGCACAGCCAAAAGCAGCGUCAGCGGAAGAGAUAGAGACAAACGGCGAGCAAUCGACGAACAAAAUAGCCGCCACCAUGCAGCAGGAGCCGAACGCCAAUUUUCAGUUCCAACCCGAUCUGGGACUGGUGAACAGCAAUAAUUUGCCCGCGCUCACCGGACUCGGCAGUCAAACGGGCGCGAUACGUACCCUUACGCUACCACUGCAGCAAGACGUGAUCGCACAAACUUUCAUAUACGGUACGGUACCCUCGUCCGCUGCACAACACAUCAACUCACUGCAACAACAGGAGCUGCAAUUGCAACAUCGCUAUCAUCAGCUGCAACAAUUGCAGGCCCAGACACAGGGUCUAUUCCUGAAUACGAACGCACCGGGUACAGUUGCAGCUGCGGCUGCUGCAGCUGCCGUGGCGCAAGGUGGUACACCCUUUGUAGUAGGCACACCGCCACAACUUUACACCAAUACGCCCACAGCGGCGGCUGAGUUUUGUGCAGCGCAACAACAAAAAUUGCUAAGCGAUCAAAUGCAAGGACUUUGUAUAGCGGGCGGUGCGGCUGCCACGCCCAAUGCCAACGCGGUGCCGGCGGCAUCGACGACCAUAAACUCGCUGCUCGACUCCUCAGCCACAAUGAAUAUACUGAAUAAUAGUUAUGUGCCAACGACGCCGCAAGAGGAACGCUUCAUGCAGAUUAUUCAGGCGAAAGAGAUGAAAAUACAGGAAAUGCAGCGCGCGCUGCAGCAAAAGGAUACGGAGAUCGCCGAGCUGAAAUCGCAUCUGGAUAAAUUUCAAAGUGUAUUUCCAUUUAGUCGUCAUGCCAGUACGGCCACCACACCGGGCGCUGGAGUGCAGCAACAGCGGAAAAGUGGUCAGGCUUAUCAGCGACAGCGGGCGCAAGGUAUUUCGGCGGAACCGCAAAGUGAAUCUUCAGUUUUGUUGGAGCCAGGCGCGUUGCCGAAAUACGAUAAGGAUGAGAGGUGA